GGACCGGUCCUGGGGGCAGAGGCGGGAUUCCCUUUGCAGCCGGCCACCCUUCCCCCCCUCCCCGCGGGCUUUUGCACACGACGCGAGGCGGGCGGCUUCACACGAGGUGGCCAGGGCCGGGGAUAAAGCAGGCGGGCGGGCGCGGGGCGCAGCGGCAGGACCGGAGCGGAAGGUUAGAAGGUGACUGCGAGCAGCCAUCGUCCCGCACGCAACUUCGAGGGCGCCCUAGGAGAGGCAGCAUGCCGACCAUGGACAAGCAGAACCUGCUGGAGAGCACACGCGGAGCCGGGUCAUUCUUAGGAUCUCUGUGGAAGAGUGAAGCUAGCUGGAUCCCUCCCGUGGACCUGCCCGCUGUUGAGCUGGCUGUCCAGAGCAACCAUUAUUGCCAUGCCCACAAGGAUUCUGGAAGUCACCCUGACCCCGAGAAGCAGAGGGCCCGACGCAAACUCUAUGUGGCCUCUGCCAUCUGCCUGGUGUUCAUGGCUGGAGAGAUCAUUGGUGGGUACCUGGCACAGAGCCUGGCCAUUAUGACGGAUGCGGCCCACCUGCUCACUGAUUUUGCCAGCAUGCUUAUCAGCCUGUUCUCCCUCUGGGUGUCUUCCCGACCGGCCACCAAGACCAUGAACUUCGGCUGGCAGCGAGCUGAGAUCCUUGGAGCCUUGCUGUCUGUGCUGUCCAUCUGGGUGGUGACUGGGGUGCUCGUGUACCUGGCUGUGCAGCGGCUGAUUUCUGGAGAUUAUGAGAUCAAAGGGGACACCAUGUUGAUCACUUCAGGCUGCGCUGUGGCUGUAAACAUCAUAAUGGGGUUGGCCCUCCAUCAGUCUGGACAUGGCCACAGCCAUGGGCAUAGCCAUGACAACAGCAGCCAGCACCAGAACCCCAGUGUCCGAGCUGCCUUCAUUCACGUGAUUGGGGACCUUCUGCAGAGUGUGGGCGUCCUGGUGGCGGCCUAUAUCAUAUACUUCAAGCCCGAGUACAAGUACGUGGACCCCAUUUGCACCUUCCUCUUCUCCAUCCUGGUCUUGGGGACAACGUUGACCAUCCUGAGAGAUGUGAUUUUGGUUCUCAUGGAAGGGACUCCCAAAGGUGUGGACUUCACAACUGUGAAAAAUCUCCUGCUGUCCGUGGAUGGGGUAGAAGCCUUGCACAGCCUGCAUAUCUGGGCCCUGACAGUGGCCCAGCCGGUGCUGUCUGUCCACAUAGCCAUUGCCCAGAAUGCUGAUGCCCAGGCCGUGCUGAAGGUGGCUAGGGACCGCCUCCGGGGGAAGUUCAAUUUCCACACCAUGACCAUCCAAAUUGAGAGUUACUCUGAGGACAUGAAGAGCUGCCAGGAGUGCCAGGGCCCCUCUGAAUGACUACCUGGCUAGACACCAUCUCAGCAAAACAUGGUCAGGACCUGUGGGUAGAACACUUGGUGUGCAUCCAGGACAACAGGCUCAAGGCACUGCCUGGGCCACUCCACCGUGGGACUCUCCUUAGCCUCUGUGAGCUCA